AUCACCAUCAUACCGCGGUGGUGCUUGCAACCGAAAUUAAAUCUUGGCCCUUCCAACAAGACGAAGGCACUGUAGGCGCACGCUCCCUCGAGAUCGACAGGUUCAUGCGCGUCCGUUGACUCACCAUGGUUGGACUCAUGCCUCUUCAGCCUCGUCACAUACGUCGCGCAGCAUAGAACCCGAGGGAGCUUACUUCAUGUCGAUUUUUCCGCCUUUCGGUGCUUGUCUUCACAAGCUGUUGGUAUUCGUGGCUCCGGGCUCUGAUAGCAUCAGGCCCCCGUCUCAUAGCAACCACUCUAAGCGCGAACCUUGACCCUAGCCUGCCCGGACACUUGCAAGGGCAGUGCGCAGCGUCCCUUGAGCUUCUCUCAGAUCGCGACUGUUGCCUCCUCUUCAAGCCCCCCGCUCAUGCGGUCCGUCGCGACCCAACUCAACCACUGACUUUGCGACACGCGACAUGGCUAACGCGCCGCCUGACGAGAAGAAGGUGUAUGCGCUCAUUGGCGCUGUCGGAACCAACCGAGACCGACUGCGACAAGCGAUUGACAGCUUGCGCCAGAUCCAUGACCGAUGGAAGGGCAACAACGGGACGUCUAUCAACUUGAUCGCACAAUUAACCGCGCUGAAGUCGAAUCUGGGAAACAUACAAGACUGGCUCACUUAUGCGGUUCAUGAUUUGCACCCGCAACUGCUUUCCGACUUGGACGUUUUGAUGGCCUCAUGUGGGUUGCUUGUGCGGCACAUGGACGCCUUGAAUUCGCGACUCCAACAGUCGGACCAUGAUGCAGUGGAUUUUGCCAUCAAGUUGAAGUAUGUGCUCGGCAGUAGGUCGAUGGAGCGGCUGCGGAAGGUGGCGCAGCGACAGAACGAUGCUGUAACAUUGCUUCUCGCAGCGUGCAAAUGUCAUGCUUCAGCGCAGCGCAAAAUCCUACUUCACAAAAGUCGACAAAUAAGAAAGGAAGAUGUUUCAAACUUGAAGACGCUAGCCCGAUCUUCGACAUGGAAUGGCGGAUGCAUCAGGGCUCUUACGCAGGUCUCGCGAAUGAUACAAUGGUUCAGGUUCUUGUUUCACCUGAAGCUCCAGAGGACCGACCCGGAACGAAAUCGUACGCCUACUGGAGAGGAAUACGACCAUGCUGCAGCAGCCAUCCGCUCAGAGGCCAUCGACCGGGCGAUAGCAAACGAAGCGACCGCUUUGCGACGAGAGACGAAGCUGGUGCUUGUCGGCGAUCUGACUAGCGGUAAAGAGCUCAUUAUGCAUCAGAUGAAAGUCCUCUACGCCGAGGGCUACUAUCCGAGUGAGGAGAGAAUGACUUACCGUUACGCCGUGCACUCGACCAUCCGACUGCUUAUCCACUCUAUCAUUGAUCUUCUGAAGGAUACUGGUGUUAGUCUCCCCGCUGAGCUAAACCAGGACUUUGCCAUCUUGCUCCAUGAGGUGGAGACGGUGGACAUGCACCACAUCACACCUGGAGUUACCAAAGCAGUUGAAAAUAUAUGGUCAUAUCCCGAAUUCUCCACGCUCUAUAUUCGGAACUUUGAGAUCGAUUUCCCGCAAUACGCAGCCUACUUUGCCCAAGAAAUCUCAAGGAUCGCCAGCAGAGACUAUGUGCCCAGCGAAGCAGACAUUAUCCGCCUCAACAAGUCCAUGGGUGGUAUCAAAGAGCUCCGUUUCACUUGGGAUGAGCUAGAUGUCCAUCUCUUCAACAUCAACGGAUACAACUCGGCACACUUCCAAAAUCGCUGUAACUUCGAGUCCUGGGCCAACUCUCCAAAAUUCACGGGUUCCUCCAUCAUCUUGCUCCUCAACAACUUCACACGCUUCCGCGAGAAGCUUCAGCAUUCGCCCCUCGCAUCCUUCUUUCCAGACUAUGUGCCCAACGAUACUGAGCCCGAGACGUCCGCUCGUCAAUACAUCCUUCGCCGCUUCAAGGACGUGAACCGAAAUCAGCUUUCCAUUUACUCAUUUUGGGUAGAUCUCGACAUGAGCGAGAACCAGCAUUUGUAUGCCGCGCUCAAAAAGACAUUGCAGCAUAUCCAACAACGUAAGGCGAGAAGCGAGGUCUGGAAUGAGAGUACGACGACUAUGGGAUCGGGAAAUCGAAACUUGGUUGGCAUGCUUAGUCCGAGUCGAAGCUUGUCGAGGAAGAGACCAGGGACGGGUGGCUCCAUGGUCAUAAGCUCAGUGCAGAGUGAGAAGACAGAAAGAUCAUGA